AUUCUCAAUAAUUAUGUCACUGAGUUAAAUAAUCAAGCUACCUCUCAUUCCUCAUUUCCUUUUCCCAGAAAAACAAAUUACAGAGAAUAAAUAUCAGACUGGGGAAUUUAAAAAUUGAUUGGUUCCAGUGUGCUGUAAGUGGGAGGUUUUUUUUCUCCCUCCGACAGGAAGUGAUUUGCAGUGUUCAGCAAGCCUUUUGUUGAGAAGGUUUUCUCAGAUCAGUGAGUCAUGCUUUAGCACUGAGCCGGCAGGCAGGCAGGCAGGCAGGCAGGCAGCAGUCAGUAGAGAGUAUUUGCUCUUCCCUCGCAGUAUCCGUGAUCAUCGACAACAUAGACCUUUCUCUGUUAUAUUAGUUUUUGGAUUUUUGAGGCUAGAAAUCGGCAGCAGCAGCAGCAGCAGCAGCAGCAUCACCGCUGGAAACCAAACAAGCUGCACCACAACACUGGCAGCCUUUUAGAGACCUUUUCCUCUCCAUCCUCUUCUUCCUCUGCCUCAAUGCUGUGUUUCCAUGGAUUGUGUCUAUAUAUUUCUCUCUGACGGAUUGGAUUGCAGCUCUGGAUUUUACUGAGAGCAGAUUGGACUUUGGCGACAGCGGCAGCAGCAGCAGCAGCAGCAGCUCAACACAACCACCACUGUAACCUCAAUAGAGAAAAUUACAGUCAGGUGGCCUGUGAUUGCUAAAAGGCGUUUGCUGCCUGUACCGCUGCUGCUAUGUUACAGGAGAGGGUAAUCAGCACGGCUCAGCCACGUCUGCCAGCACACUUGUGAAAGAGGCAGGCUGUGCGUGUCGGUUGGUGGAGAGAGGGGAGAGAGCAAGAGAGAGAAGGGUAUGCUUCACCGUACCAAAUACAACCGCUUCAGGAAUGAGUCAGUAACAUCCGUCGAUGAGCUUCUCCACGGCCUUUCCAUGAACCCCAAGGUCUCGGCCACCCCCCAGUCUGCAGCCGAGACAUCUUACACACCCCCGACUGAGGUCCAGCCCUCCUCCACCACCACCGCUUCCAGCACCCCCACCAGCCACGGCUCUGACCACCUGGAAGAUGGAGGCACCACCCUCUGCACCCUCAUCAACAAGGUGUCCAGCCUGAAAUUCAGCAACUCAGGCAGCCUGCUGGGCAUCAAGGGUCUGCCCUCGGCUGUCAAGGACCUGGCUGUGUCUAAGCUGCAGGGGGGUGGGGGAUCGGGCUCAGGCAGCUCCAGUGGCCCGAGCCCCAGCGCGGCGACAGCAGCAGCAACAGCGGCAGCAGCCUCUGGUGUGGGCGGCUCUCUGUGCAGCUCGGCCUCCCAUUCAACCCCCUGCUCGCAGCUGGAGCCAGCCGUCAGCAUGAGCAAGAAGAGCCGGCUGGACGAGCUCCAGCCCGGUGGAGAGGACUGGAAUCCAGGUGGAGGUGGUGGACUGGUGAGCAAACCCUCCAGAGGAUGGCUACACUCAAGUGAGAAGAUCUCUGGUCCAGGAGUGACAUACAUUGUGAAGUAUCUUGGCUGUAUAGAAGUCCUUCGGUCAAUGAGAUCCCUGGAUUUCACCACAAGAUCACAAAUUACAAGGGAAGCCAUCAGCCUGGUGUGUGAGGCCGUUCCAGGGACCAAAGGAGCUCUGCGGAAGAGAAAGCCACCGUCCAAAGCUCUGUCCAGUAUCCUCGGGAAGAGCAACCUGCAGUUUGCUGGCAUGUCCAUCAACCUAAAUAUCUCCACCAGUAGCCUCAACCUGAUGACCCCUGACUGCAAACAGAUCAUAGCCAACCAUCACAUGCAGUCCAUCUCCUUUGCAUCAGGUGGAGACCCCGACACAACAGAUUUUGUUGCCUAUGUAGCAAAGGAUCCUGUUAACAGAAGAGCGUGUCACAUCCUGGAGUGCUCUGAUGGACUGGCCCAGGACGUCAUCAGCACCAUCGGCCAGGCCUUUGACCUUCGCUUCCAGCAGUACCUGCAGUGUCCCUCAAGCAAAUUGUCCUCCACACAUGACAGGGUAUUAAACAUGGAGGAGUUACCGUGGACAGAGGAAGAGGAGGAGUCCGCAGAACAUCCCUACUAUAACAACAUCCCUGGCAAGAUGCCUCCCCCUGGAGGCUUCAUCGACACCCGGCUGACCAAUCAGAACACAGCAUCAGAUGGAUGCCAGAUGGGGCCAGGCUCAGUAGAUCAGACAUAUUACCAAGGGCGGCAUUGUGGGGAAAACUGGGGAGAUGAAAAAAAGCCCAUAUUCAUACAACAGGGAUCAUUUGAUAUAAGCAGUCUGCCCGAGAGUAAAGGUCAGGCACCAAAAACAGGAGAGAUGCCCGCAUAUGUGAACACCCAGCAGAUUGACGCCCAGGUGCUUGCAGCACUCCAGGCAGAGGCGGAGAAUGUGACAAAGGGCAUGGCAGCUGCAGCCAAAGAGAGCCCACAGAAGGACCUGUUCGACAUGAAGCCUUUUGAGGAUGCCAUUCAGUCGCAGUCCCAUCCACUGUCCCAUGGGCAAACCCAGUCCCAGGUCUCCAGUCUUCACAAGGCAGCAUCGGUGGACAACUCGAGUCCUCUUCUUGUGCGUUCAGUGGCCUUCCGGGCACAGGAGGAGCUGGAGGGCCAGCCGUGGUACCAUGGCAAAAUGAGCCGCCGUGACGCUGAAAAACUGCUGAAAGAAGACGGGGACUUCCUGGUUCGUAAGAGCACGACAAACCCAGGGUCCUACGUACUGACGGGCAUGCACAAUGGACUUGCCAAACACCUACUGUUGGUGGACCCUGAGGGCACGGUACGGACAAAAGAUCAUAUAUUUGACAGCAUUAGCCAUCUUAUUGGCCAUCACCGUGACAACAAUCUGCCGAUUGUGUCCGCUGGGAGUGAACUGUGUCUCCUACAGCCCGUUGGAAGGAAACAGUGAUGCUUGCAAUGCCUGAUGGGAAAUAGGAAGCUCCGGACAGUCUCUCCUUCCAUCCUGAAACUUGAAGAUGAACCACGAAGAGAAGAUGCUUGACGGCUCUAUGCGCUGACAGUGUUUUUGGGAGAUUACUUUACUGGAGGCACUGGAAGAUGCAAGAUUUGUUUAAGACAAAAAAAAUUAUUUAUAGAACUGUUAUUAUUUUGUUGUGAUGACUGAAAUGCUAUAUUUUUGAGAAGACAUAGGUGCAUUUGGACAUAAUAUCUUGAUUUGGUGUUUUAAAAGAUUAAAAAAAAGACAAUUGUUCUUGUAGUUUAGAUGAAGUGCAAAUCAAACCUCAAAGAGGUGUUAACAAGAGUAUUUUAGAAUAAAAAAACCUGAAAUUUUAGUUUUGUCUGUCAAGCACAACCACAUUUCUACAAGAACCGUUGGCUAAGAGGUCGCUGAAACAAAAACAGUUUGGACAACAAAUGCUGUUUAUAAGGAAUUACUUUAGGAGAAAUGUCCUUUAAUCUCACCAAUAGCGUGACAGCUCACUCAAUUAGUCACUAUAUGAAAUCUGCUUUUAUCGGGGAUUAGAACUGAAUGUGUUUUGCUUUGCAGUAUCACAAAGUGUCGGGGUGCAAACAGACAUCCUUCAUAGUGCUGUCAAUGGCUUUAAAGAUAAACUUUUUUUAUGAAGUAUUUUCUUGUGUCACUGCAGUCGCAUGACUUAAAAAUCAACUGUUCUUGUGGACAUUGUUCGUAGACCUUGAUACCCCUUUAUUUGAAAGAGGUGCUUGUGUAUGCUGACACUGUAAAAAUAUUUAUGCUUUUCAACCAGUGAUUAUUUCUGAAUUGGUUCUCUCUGGAUUCUUCUUUUUGGUGUGUAGUCAAUGAUUAGUUUCGGGGCUUGAGUCAUGCAAUGGAUAUUCUCACAUUCUUGAUUAGCAUUUUCUUUUUUUUUUUGUGAACCUUUAAAAGCUAUGAUUAUUUGAAUGACCACAAUUGAAUAGCACAAUCAGAAAGUUAGAUCAGAUAGAUCAUCCGUGUCAGUACCAAGACGAAUUGUGUUUAGAUGUCAUUUACACUUUUUAAUUGAAGAGACUGAAUUAGACGAACACACAGUGCACUCAAUACAGAAUGUUUAAUAUUGGAUCACCGUCACUUAUCGAUGUUAAACGAAAAAGAUUUUAUUUCUCAGUGUGUGGAUAUCUCAUGGCAAGACUGCUGUACUGCCACUAGAUGUCAUCACAGAAAUACUUGUUCACCCCUGUCACUCACGUCAAUUAUCCUGUGUUAUCACUUAUUCGUAGCAGAAGAUGCUGGCUGUGUAUUGCUUUACAGUACAGGGGAAAACACAUUAUUGCUUGACAGGUCCGAGUUAAUUUGCAUUUUGCAGUCCACUGUACACAAUCAUUCCUCAGAACAGUUCACUGUAUUUAGAGUUACACAGACUGUUUUUGUAGAGUGGGAAGCAAACAUUUGAAAUGGCUAACAGAAAUCGUACACAACAGCAACAGACUCUUAAAAUGCUCUCAUCCUUACUAUUGUCAGUACUCUGAUGGAAACCAAAUGAAUGGGGCAUUGUAUUUGAUAUGCACUGGACCACUUCAAUUGAACCAAAAUCAGCAUGUGUUCAAUGAGUUUGACAAGACAGAUGCAAUGUAAUAUAACGUGCCUGUAUUUUGCUGCAAGAGGGAGUGUACAGUACAUGCAUCUCACAACCACACAUUUUAGCAAAGAGCAGUAUUGGGGGGGGGGUCCAUCACCAGAUUAAUUUUGGUUUAAGCUGAGAGGACUUUCCUUGAUUCCUUGUGUCUAUAUGAGAGUGAGAGUGCACGAGAGGAGGAAUAUGUUGGCAUAUUUCAGAGAAAGGUUAGAAGGAAAGGGCACAAAGAAUCAUAGAGGGGUUUUUUCUUAACAGUUAUCCGCCAUUAACUUUUAGUCCAAUUCUUUGUGACAUAAUUUCAUCAAAUCUAAUAUCUUGGGAGAAGGAAUAAUGCGCUAAUUUUUUUUUUGUUUUUUUAAAGCACUCUACUAACGUAAAGAAUUAUUUUGAGAUUUAGAUUUCCGAAAAGCAAAUUUGUUUUGGAGGAGUGUGUCUGAGACUGACAUGACACCUGUCAUUUACAUGAGGGAGUCUUUAUGAAUGUUUAUGACUGUUGUCAUUUAGUGUCAUACAGUCAUUUAUUUCAUUUUCAAUGCAAAGUUUACAUUGUUUGAUAAGUCUUUGUUAUGACAACUUGACAUUAAAGGUUCAGUAUGGAAUUCUUGAGGAAGACAGUUAAUUGUUGAGUGUCAGUCCAACUACCAACCCAAGGUUGUCCGUAUUUGACGACCUAGAAAUAACACUCAACAAUCAACUAUCUGCAUCCUAAACCCUAAGUGCAUCCUAGAAGUGCAUCCUAAACCUUAAACCAAGACAACAUAACCUGUCAUAAACAUGGCAUAGCAGGCUGAAAUAUUAAACUGAAAGAAAGUAUUAACAAUUUGGACUAGUCCUUAAAAUAUCAUGAAGUGUUAUUACACUGUCAAAUGCUUUUAUAACUGUCAUGAAUAUUUUCCUUCACUUCAAUUGCUGAGAAUAUGUCGAAAUCGUCUGUUUGAAGAGGGACAAGUAAUUUACUUGUGUAUUGCUUUCAUUAGGGUAUGUAAAUGUAUUUGACAGUAUAAUAACAUUUAAUGACAUAAUAAGUCUAAAUUGUACCACUGAAGUUGAGGUCAAGGAAAUUAUUAAUGUAACCAUUAGAAAAUGAUUUGACAGUAUAUUAUAACUUAAUGGCAUCUUUAUGACAAAUACAAAUUAUACCACUGUAGUUGAAGUCGAAGAGAAUGUUCAUGACAAAAUCGUAAUAGUCUCAUGACCACACAUUAUUGCUGCAAUUGUGGGGGUCCCAACCCCCACUAGGGGCCGUCAAAGCCUCACUGGGGUCAUGAGGUCUACUUGACUUUAGGGAGAGUAAGAACACUUGACAAUAUAAAAAGCAGACCUAUAGUUCAGCAUUCAAGACACAAACUUAAAAAACAAAUCUCACAGGAUAAGGGCACAGGGAAGACCUGAACGCAAGCUGUACUUACAGAGCCGUUGCUCUUUGCUAAACAGGCAAAGGGCUAAAGGAGGGGCUGAAUUUGUCAAAAAAGGAGCCAAUAGCCAAAACAACAACAAUUAAAUGCAUAAUGCAGAUAAUUCUACAAAUAGUUGCAAAAAAAUAUAAGAAAACUCAUCUCUUGCAAUUUUCACAGGAAAAAAUCAGUUCAAAAUUCAUCCUAAUUGAUCAUUUUACACAAACUUACUACAGUUUUUGCAUUCACUAUUUGGGUUACUUGUACAGUUUAUCACUUGUCCUGCAAUGUUAUUGUUAUGCUUUAAAUAUAAUAUGAAAUAUUUAUAAAAUAUGCUAGGGUGUGUCAGUUUACUCAGUGAUAGAAAAGGAGUCCAUUAAGGAGAAACGUUGGGAACCACUGGUUUAAUGUAUUGUUAACACAUAAAGCUAAAUAGUUUCAAUUUGAUAACUAGGCCUGCUAUGGCAUGUUUAUGUCAGGUUAUGUUGCCUUGGUUAAUGUCAGGUUGUCAUAACAAAGACAUCUCAAGCAAGGCAAACUUACCAUUAGAAAUUACAUAUAAUUGGCCGAAUGACACACUUAAUGACAACAGUCAUAAACACUCACACAGACUCCAUGCUUAUGACAGGUGUGGUGUCGCUCUUAUGCACACCCCUUAAAAGAAUGGGUUACAAUUUGGUAUCGAAUUACCUUGGCAAAAUGAGAAAAGUUAAGGACAGCAUAUAUAUAUAUAUA